AAGUUCGCCACCUGAAGGUUGGUAUAUAGGGGACUUAACUGUAAGUUUAAAUAAGAGGUAACAGAGGAGUUUAAUGAAGGAGGAAGUUACAGAAGUUGCCAACGCUGUCGAAAGUAGUCUCUGUUACUUUACGAGUUCUUGGAGGUGCUACAACAGCUUUGUCAGGCAUGAAUCCCUAAGUCUAAGCCCAAUUCCUAUUUGCCGCCUAGUCACCUGGUGAGGACUACAGCUCCCAGAAGGCAACGCUCCGCUCCCUUGGCUCCGGCUUCCUUAGCCGGCCGGGAGUUGUAGUUUACAAGAGAGCGACUUGGAACCGAGUUUUACGCACUCGUCAACAUAGACUGGGCGGAACAGGCCUCUCCUCCAUCCGGAUCUUCCCGUUUUCCGCAGCCUUCCGAUUCGUCCGCCUAAUCUUUGUGCUUGGCUGGGCGGGAAUCCGUGGCUGGUCGGCCGGCGAGGCGCUCUAGGCCGAGCGGCUUUCGUCUCUAUGACCCAGGAGGCGGUCCCCGGUGCCCUGCGCAGCGCGCGCGAAGGAGGUGCGCGUCAGUUCCGCGCGGUGCUGUCGGGGAACCAUGGCUGCCGUGAGAGAGAAACUGGUAAUCUGGGUAGAUUCAAGGCAUCUUUAAGAGAAAAUGUCUUGGGGAGCCCCAAGGAACUGAUGAAGUUGAGCGUGCCUUCCUUAGUGUAUGCUGUGCAGAACAACAUGGCUUUCCUGGCUCUUAGCAAUCUGGAUGCAGCAGUAUACCAGGUGACGUACCAGCUGAAGAUUCCUUGUACUGCUCUAUGUACUGUUCUAAUGUUAAACAGGACGCUCAGCAGGUUACAGUGGAUUUCAGUUUUUAUGCUGUGUGGAGGAGUCGUCCUCGUACAGUGGAGACCAGCCCAGGCCACGGGAGUCGUGGUGGAACAGAAUCCAUUAUUAGGGUUUGGUGCUAUAGCUGUUGCUGUAUUGUGCUCAGGAUUUGCAGGAGUGUAUUUUGAAAAAGUUUUAAAGAGUUCAGACACUUCCCUUUGGGUGAGAAACAUUCAAAUGUAUCUAUCAGGGAUUGUUGUGACAUUAGUUGGCGUCUACUUGUCAGAUGGAGCUGAAAUUAAAGAAAAAGGAUUUUUCUAUGGUUACACAUAUUAUGUCUGGCUUGUCAUCUUUCUUGCCAGUGUUGGAGGCCUCUACACUUCUGUUGUGGUCAAGUACACAGACAACAUCAUGAAAGGCUUUUCUGCGGCAGCAGCCAUUGUCCUUUCUACCAUUGCUUCAGUGAUGCUGUUUGGAUUACAGAUAACACUCACCUUUGCUCUGGGUACUCUUCUUGUAUGUGUUUCUAUAUAUCUGUAUGGAUUACCCAGGCAAGACACUACAUCCAUCCAACAAGGAGAACCAACUUCAAAAGAGAGAGUCGGUGGUGUGUGAUUUUAGCCUCAAAAGAGAUUUCCUGCUAAGACUAAACCAUUUGCAUUAAACUAGAGCCUUAAGUAAGUCAAUCCCAGAAGGUAGCUUAAAAAAAUGAACAAAAACUGUGUCGCAUAAGCAUUAAGAAGAAAGCUACGUGAGUGUAUUGCUACAAAGAUUUAAUGUGGCCUGUUUGGAAUCAACCUGUUUUGUUUUAGAGUGAAGGGUUUUUACUAUUGUAUAUAUAAUGUACAUAUAAAGUAUGGAGAUGAUGUGGUAUUAGAAAAAAAUCAUGCAAGGCUACAAUAUUUAAUUAACAAGGUUUGGGAUUAUGUUAAGGGUUAAAGUGCCAAAGCCAUUUCUGUACUAACUGUUCUCUUGUGCAGGUACCAGGGGAGAAGGGUGACCCGUCCUUAUUCUCCAAUGCAUGUACAGUAUUUGGUCCCAGCAGCAGUAAAGACCUAGCUCUUUUCUUACAAAAGAGAGGCAAAAACAAGACAGGCUAGUUCA